GAUUCAGCACUACUCGCCCUGCUGCUCUGCAGUGAAGCGUACGGUACGUCUUGUUCGUGCGUACUGCGCGCUCUCUCUAUGAAACGCUGCGCCCUGGACAUUUUACCUUAUGUUAUUUUUCCAAACAGGAGAUCGUUAUGAUGAGAGACAGAUAUUAAGAGCACACCACAUUGCGUAGAUUGCAUUGGUUAGGCUACUUAUUACUAAAGGAAAAGCGAUUGUAAUCUCCAAGACGCUGGAUAGACACCUUCUUCAGAAAUGAAUCAUAAGGACUGAACUGGCUGCUUUCCCACCCUUUGAUGUUGAGACAAGAGACAAGGUUGCCAUGGAAGUGAAAGAACGGAGACCUUACCGCUCCCUGACCUCCAGGCGAGACACUGAGCGUCGGUACACCAGCUCCUCUGCCGACAGUGAGGAUGGGAAGCUCAACCCCAAAUCCUACAGCUCCAGCGAGACCCUCAAAGCUUUCGACCAGGACACCAGGUUGGCCUACGGCAGCCGGGUCAAAGACGUGGUGCACCAUGAAUCUGAUGAGUUCAGCAGACAAGGAGCGGACUACUCUCUCAGAAACAUGACCUUUGGAGAUCCAGUGCCGCCCCAUAUGGCAGCAUAUAUGACAGAAAUGGGCCUGCCCCACCGCGACUACUCUGUUAGCGUGGGUUCGGAUGCUGACACAGAAACAGAUGGGAUCAUGUCCCCCGAGCACACAGUCCGUCUCUGGGGCCAUAGCAAUACCAAAUCCGGCCGUAGUUCCUGCCUUUCUAGCCGAGCCAACUCCAACCUCACCCUAACUGACACCGAGCAUGAAAACACAGAAAACGAGGGCUCUUACCAAAACCAUUCCCGGUUGCGUACGCCACCUCUGCCCCUUUCACACUCCCACUCACCUAGUCAGCACCACGCCGCCUCCAUCGGCUCCCUAAGUCGCAGCAACUACACCCAGCGCAGUAACCCGAGUCCGGCACCCACCGAUAGCUCAGCACCCAAUGAGGGUCCUACCAGUGCCCAGGACUCAGGCAGCGCCCAGGACAACUGGCUUCUUAACAGCAACGUUCCUCUUGAGACCAGACACUUUCUAUUUAAGCCUGGAGGGACUUCGCCCUUGUACUGCACGACGUCGCCUGGUUACCCCUUGACAUCCAGCACAGUAUACUCGCCCCCACCCCGCCCCCUGCCACGGAACACCUUCUCGCGACCCGCCUUCAGCCUAAAGAAGCCCUAUAAGCACUGCAACUGGAAAUGUGCCGCACUCGGCGCCAUCCUCAUCUCCAUCACCCUGGUGUUCCUGUUGGCCUACUUUAUUGCCAUGCACCUCUUCGGACUCAAUUGGCAGUUACAGCCGAUGCAGAGGCAGAUAUAUCAGUUGAUGGAAGACAACACAAGUGGCCUACAUCUGCACACAGAUCUGGGCUUGCCACCUUUGGGCAACACAGGUUUAGAGUUCCCAGACCGAGGAAGCAAAGAUGACGGUAAACUAGAUGGCUUUUUCCCGGAAGACAGCUUCAUAGACAUGGGCGAGAUAGACGUGGGCCGCAAAGUCACCCAGCUGAUCCUGCCUGGAAUGUUCUGGCGGUCGCAGGUCUUUAUCGACCACCCCAUGUACCUCAAAUUCAAUGUGUCUCUUAGCAAAGAUGCCUUAGUGGGGAUCUACGGGAGAAGAGGCCUGCCACCAUCACACACACAGUUUGACUUUGUGGAGCUGUUGGAUGGUCGUCGGCUCCUGGCUCAGGGGGUACCAGGCCUCGAGGGGCCACCUUUUCCAGCCCAACAGCGGAGCCUGGUGCCCCUCACCAGUCAUGAUACGGGCUUCAUACAGUACAUGGACUCUGGCAUCUGGCACCUGGCCGUGUACAACGAUGGAAAGGAGGCGGAGCAGGUGUCCUUUCUAGUCACUGCGAUCGACUCGAUUGAUGAUUGCCCGAGUAACUGUUUUGGAAAUGGCGACUGUGUGGUGGGAAACUGUCACUGUUUUCCCGGCUUCAGAGGACCCGACUGCAGCAGAGCAUCUUGUCCAGUGCUGUGCAGUGGGAAUGGUCAGUACCUCAAAGGUCGCUGUAUGUGUCACAGUGGCUGGAAAGGGUCUGAAUGUGAUGUUCCCACCAACCAGUGCAUCGAUAUCACUUGCAGUGGACAUGGAACAUGCAUUGUGGGAACUUGCAUCUGUAAUCCCGGUUACAAAGGCGACAACUGUGAAGAAGUGGACUGCCUGGAUCCUACUUGCUCAGGAAGAGGUGUUUGUGUACGUGGCGAUUGCCACUGUUUUGUCGGCUGGGGGGAUCCUGGAUGCGAGAGUCCACGUGCAUCCUGUAUGGAACAGUGUUCUGGACAUGGGACCUUCUUGGCUGAUACGAGCACUUGUAACUGUGACCACAACUGGACAGGCCACGACUGCUCCACAGAGCUGUGCACAGCUGACUGUGGUGGACACGGCAUCUGCGUGGCAGGCAGCUGUCGCUGCGACCAGGGCUGGAUGGGAGCCGGGUGUGAGCAACGGGCUUGUCACCCUCGCUGCAGCGAGCACGGAACCUGCAAGGAUGGAAAGUGUGAAUGCAGCCCGGGCUGGAAUGGAGAGUAUUGCACCAUCGCUCAAUAUCUGGAUAAGGUAGUGAAAGAAGGCUGCCCUGGUCUGUGCAGUGGCAAUGGCAGAUGCACGCUGGGUAAUAAUGGCUGGUACUGUGUUUGUCAGCUGGGCUGGCGGGGAGCAGGCUGCGACACAUCAAUGGAGACGGCCUGCAGUGACGGCAAGGACAAUGAUGGAGAUGGGUUGAUAGACUGCAUGGACCCAGAUUGCUGCCUGCAGGCUUCAUGUCACACCACAUCUCUGUGUGUGGGCUCCCCUGAUCCGCUGGACAUCAUCCAGGAAACCCAGAUCUCUUUAAGCCAGAGCACCCUGCAGUCCUUCUACCAGCGUGUCCGCUUCCUGGUGGGCAGAGACAGUACCCAUGUCAUCCCUGAGGCAAACCCCUUUGAUGGCAUUCAUGCUUGUGUCAUCCGGGGACAAGUGGUGACUUCAGAUGGGACUCCGCUGGUCGGUGUGAAUAUAAGCUUCAUCAACAAACCAGCCUAUGGAUAUACCAUCACCAGACAGGAUGGCAGCUUCGACCUGGUGAGUAAUGGGGGUGUGGCCGUAGCCCUGAGGUUUGAACGUGCUCCGUUUAUCACUCAAGAGCACACAUUGUGGUUGCCGUGGGGGCGCUUCUUUGUCAUGGACACCAUUGUGAUGCGACACGAGGUGAAUGACAUCCCUAGCUGUGACCUGAGCAGCUUCACUCGUCCAAUGCCAAUUGUUCUGCCUGCCCCGCUGACGGCGUUUGCCGGGACCUGCAAAGAGCGGGGCAUUGUAGUGCCAGAGAUUCAGACACUACAGGAGGAAGUACAAAUACCCGGUACUGAGGUGCUUCUGGGUUACCUGAGCAGCAGAACGGCGGGGUAUAAGUCCCUCCUGCGUAUCACCCUUACCCACCCCACUAUCCCCUUCAGCCUAAUGAAGGUGCACCUCAUGGUGGCUGUGGAGGGUAGGCUCUUCAGGAAGUGGUUCUCUGCAGCACCCAACCUCUCCUAUGACUUUGUCUGGGACAAGACUGACGUCUACAGCCAGAAAGUCUAUGGCAUCUCUGAAGCUUUUGUGUCCGUUGGUUUUGAGUAUGAGUCCUGCCCAGAUCUGAUCCUCUGGGAGAAGCGGACGGCCAUCCUGCAGGGAUAUGAGAUCACAGCGUCCCACCUGGGCGGCUGGAGCCUGGAUAAGCAUCAUGCACUGAACAUCCAAAGUGGUAUCCUGCACAAGGGCAAUGGUGAAAACAUAUUCAUCUCACAGCAGCCCCCGGUCAUCGGAAGCAUCAUGGGUAAUGGGCGGAGGCGCAGUAUCUCCUGUCCGAGCUGUAACGGACUAGCUGAUGGAAAUAAACUGCUGGCACCGGUAGCUUUAGCCUGUGGUUCUGAUGGCAGUCUGUACGUGGGCGAUUUCAACUACGUCCGUCGGAUCUUUACCACAGGAAAUGUCACAAGUGUCUUAGAGCUCAGAAAUAAAGAUUUCAGGCAUAGCAAUAGUCCUGCACACAAAUAUUACCUGGCUACCAGUCCUGUUUCAGGAGCACUGUACCUCUCGGACACCGGCAGCAGGAAGGUGUUUAAGGUGAAGUCUCUGAACACAGUGAAGGAUGUGACAAAGAACCUGGAGCUGGUGGCGGGCACAGGCGAUCAAUGUUUGCCCUAUGAUGAGACACGCUGCGGGGACGGAGGAAAAUCUGUGGAGGCCACACUUACGAACCCUAGAGGUAUUAUUGUGGACAAGUAUGGCAUUAUCUUCUUUGUAGACGGCACCAUGAUCCGUCGUAUUGAUCAAAACGGGAUCAUAUCCACCCUGCUGGGCUUCAACGACUUGACCUCGGCACGGCCACUGAGUUGUGACUCAGUGAUGGACAUCUCCCAGGUGCGUCUGGAAUGGCCUACUGACCUGGCCGUGAGCACGAUGGACAAUUCACUUUAUGUACUGGACAACAACGUGGUUCUGCAGAUCUCUGAGAACCAUCAAGUGAGAAUUGUGGCCGGGAGGCCGAUGCACUGCCAGGUUCCCGGCCUAGAUCACUUCCUCGUUAGCAAAGUCGCCAUCCACGCCACCUUGGAAUCUGCCAACGCUCUCGCCGUGUCCCACAAUGGCAUACUUUACAUCGCAGAAUCAGACGAGAAGAAGAUUAACCGUGUACGACAGGUCUCUACCAAUGGGGAGAUCUCGCUGGUUGCUGGCGCCCCUAGUGGCUGCGACUGCAAAAAUGAUGCAAACUGCGACUGCUAUUCUAGUGAUGAUGGUUAUGCUAAGGACGGCAAACUAAAUGCACCCUCCUCAUUGGCAGUCUCACCUGAUGGAGAACUCUUCAUUGCUGACCUGGGUAACAUACGAAUCCGGUAUGUAAGGAGAAAUAAACCAUUCCUAAACCCACUAAACAUGUAUGAGGUGUCCUCGCCGAUUGACGACGAACUCUACUUGUUUGACGUAAACGGCAGCCAUAUAUACACUCAAAGCCUGACCACUGGAGACUACCUGUACAACUUGACCUACUCUGGAGAAGGUGACCUGAGCAGCAUCACAGACAAGAAUAAGAACAAAGUGACUAUCCGCAGAGACACAACAGGACUGCCGCUUUGGCUGAUGGGUCCUGAUGGCCAAACCUUCUGGUUCACUAUUGGAACUAAUAAUGCAUUGAAGAGCGUUGCCACCCAGGGUCAAGAGAUAGCCAUGAUGACUUAUCACGGAAGCUCAGGACUGCUAGCCACUAAGAGCAAUCAAGAUGGGUGGACAACCUUCUAUGAGUAUGACAACUACGGCCGGCUGACAAAUGUGACCUACCCCACAGGCAGGGUGAGCAGCUACCGCACCGAUUCUGACAGCACUGUGCGGGUACAAACCGACGGCUCUAACAAAGAGGACCUCAAGGUCACCACCAACCUCUCAGCCUCUGGAACAUUCUACACACUCAUGCAGGAUCAAGUCAAAAACAGCUACUAUAUUGGUCUGGAUGGCUCAUUGCGGCUGGUGUUGGCCAACGGCAUGGAAGUGUCUCUUCACACGGAACCUCACCUGCUGUCAGGAACCGUCAACCCGACCAUAAGCAAGAGGAAUGUAACAUUACCCAUCGACAAUGGGCUUAACCUGGUGGAGUGGAGACAACGCAAAGAACAGACUCGAGGACAGGUCGCAGUGUAUGGACGCAGACUCAGGGUUCAUAAUAGGAACUUGUUAUCCAUGGAUUUUGAUCGUGUAACCAGGACAGAGAAAGUAUAUGACGACCACAGAAAGUUCACCUUGAGGAUCCACUAUGACCAUGCUGGAAGACCUACAUUGUGGGCUCCAAGCAGUCGACUGAAUGGUGUCAAUGUCACCUACUCACCGGGUGGUCACAUUGCUGGAAUACAGAGGGGCACUAUGUCGGUCCGAAUGGAAUACGACCAAAAUGGCAGAAUCACAUCAAAGAUAUUUGCAGAUGGAAAGUCAUGGAGCUAUACCUACCUUGAAAAGUCCAUGGUACUACUGCUAUACAGUCAGCGACAAUACAUCUUUGAAUUCGACAAGAACGACCGCCUCUCAUCAGUAACCAUGCCUAAUGUGGCAAGGCAGACGUUGGAGACCACCCGUUCCAUUGGCUAUUACAGAAACACAUACAGGCCGCCAGAGGGCAACUCCACAGUUUUGCAAGAUUACAGUGAAGAUGGACUGCUUCUGCAGACCAUCCACCAGGGAACAGGGCGUAGAGUCAUCUAUAAGUACGGGAAGCUCUCCCGUCUUCUAGAAAUUCUUUAUGAUACUACACGAAUUGCCUUUUCUUAUGAUGAAUCUGCUGGCAUGCUGAAAACUGUGGGCCUCCAAAGCGAAGGCUUUGCGUGCACCAUCCGUUACAGGCAGAUCGGACCGCUCAUUGACAGGCAAAUCUUUCGAUUCAGUGAGGAGGGCAUGGUAAACGCCCGGUUUGACUACAACUAUGACAACAGUUUUCGGGUCACCAGCAUGCAAGCGGUUAUCAAUGAAACACCGUUGCCCAUUGACCUCUAUCGCUAUGAUGACGUCUCAGGAAAGACGGAGCAGUUUGGCAAGUUUGGAGUCAUCUAUUACGACAUUAACCAGAUCAUUACCACAGCUGUCAUGACCCACACCAAACACUUUGAUGCUUAUGGACGAGUUAAAGAGGUGCAAUAUGAGAUUUUCCGUUCGCUAAUGUACUGGAUGAUGGUACAGUAUGACAACAUGGGGCGAGUGGUGGCCAAGGAGCUAAAGGUAGGGCCCUAUGCAAAUACCACCCGUUACACUUACGAGUACGAUGCUGAUGGCCAACUCCAUGUUGUAUCCAUCAACGAUAAGCCUCUCUGGCGCUACAGUUAUGACCUGAAUGGAAAUUUGCACCUUCUUAGCCCUGGUAACAGUGCCAGACUUAUGCCAGUACGCUAUGACAUACGGGAUCGCAUUACACGAUUAGGUGACGUACAGUACCUUUUGGACGAGGAUGGAUUCCUCAGACAAAGAGGCAAUGAUUUCUUUGAAUAUAACUCAGCUGGGUUGCUGGUUAAAGCCUACAACAAAGUUAAUGUAUGGACUAUUAAGUACUGCUAUGAUGGCUUGGGACGAAGAGUGUCCAGUAGAAGUAGCCAAGGGCACCAUCUACAAUACUUCUAUGCUGACUUGUCCAGUCCCACCAGAGUCACCCACAUGUACAAUCACUCUAGCUCAGAGAUCACAUCGCUCUACUAUGAUCUUCAAGGCCACCUCUUUGCCAUGGAGUUAAGCAGCGGGGAUGAGUUCUACAUUGCCUGUGACAACAAUGGCACACCAUUGGCUGUAUUCAGUGGUGCAGGUCUCAUGAUCAAGAAGAUCCUCCAUACAGCUUUUGGAGAGGUGUAUUGGGACUCCAACCCCAGCUUCCAGCUAGUCAUAGGUUACCAAGGUGGCAUUUAUGAGCCUCUUACAAGGCUUGUGCACAUGGGCCGCAGAGAUUAUGAUGUUCUUGCAGGCCGCUGGACCACUCCUGAUCAUGAUGUCUGGAAGAGGCUUAACAGCAACAACAUUGUGCCCUUCAACCUCUACAUGUUCAAGAACAACAACCCCCUGAGCAACAGCCAAGAAACCAAGUGCUACAUGACAGAUGUCAACAGCUGGUUGGUGACGUUUGGUUUCCAGCUGUACAAUGUCAUCCCUGGCUAUCACAAGCCUGCCACGGAUGCCAUGGAGCCUUCUUACGAGCUUAUUCACACUCAGAUGAAGACUCAAGAGUGGGAUAGCACCAAGUCUGUGCUGGGGGUGCAGUGUGAAGUCCAGAGGCAGCUAAAGUCUUUUGUCCGGUUGGAGCGAUUCGGCCAGAUCUACGCAGCAAGUAAUUCCGGGUGCCCUCAAACCCCUUUCCGUACACUCUUUGCCACUGGGGGAUCGCUCUUUGGCAAGGGUGUUAAAGUAGCUAUUCGGGAGGGCCGUGUGACUGCUGACAUUAUCAGUGUGGCCAGUGAGGAUGGCCGGCGAAUAGCAGCGGUGCUUGACAAGGCCAUGUACCUGCAGGAUCUACACUUCACCAUUUUAGGCUUGGAUACACACUACUUUGUCAAAUCGGGACUAGUAGAGGGUGACCUUACUCUGCUAGGCAUGACGGUGGGCCAGCGCACACUGGAGACAGGCGUGAACGUUACUGUCUCGCAAGUCAACACAGUGAUUGGUGGGCGCACGCGACGCAUCACCGACAUCCAACUGCAGUAUGGUACGUUGAGACUCAACGUUCGCUAUAACAGCAGUCUAGAUGAAGAAAAGGUCCGCGUGUUGGAGCUUGCACACCAGCGGGCCGUUUUAACGGCCUGGGCUCGUGAACGACACAGAUUAAGGAAAGGCGAAGAGGGAUCUCGAGCUUGGACGGAUGGGGAGAGGCAGCAGCUUCUGAGCUCUGGACGUGUCCAAGGCUAUGAGGGCUUCUACAUAGUGUCGGUUGAUCAGUUCCCUGAAUUAGCCGACAAUGUAAACAACAUCCAUUUCCUGCGACAAACUGAGAUGGGCCGCAGGUGACAUGAAGGUGAAGACACUCGCUCAGACUCAUCAUCUAGGACUUCUUGCCAAAGACAAGUUGUUUUUGUGACCAUAUUGUUUUACUUUAUUUUUAUGUUGACUGUGCCAGACUUAUUUUUUUAAUACAUGAAGUACAUGGUUGCGAACAGUGCCCCUCUCCUUUUUCAUACUUCUUAAACCCUCUUUGCCCUUCAGGUGUGGCUGCUAAAGGAUGGCAUAUGGCAGUGUUGGUGGCUUAUUCAGCUCUGCCUGACUGUUUGUGGGUUUUGCUCAAAGGAAUGUAGGAAGAAGGCUGGUAACGCAUUAUGCUCGCUGGCUCAGCCUGCCGCCAGACGAGCAGAUUGUUAUUCACGAGCUUCACUCCACUCUGUCUUUUCCCGGACCUCAGCCAAGGAGAGACCUCUUUUAAUCGCUUCUUUUUUAUACUUGAAAGCCCACUGGCUGUGUCAUACUUAAACAUUGGUGUUUGAUGUCCAUUGCUACCAGUUCAGGCAAUUAACUGAACCCAUCUCAUGUUCAAAACUUGUUGUGGUGUCUUGUAAUAUUUUGAGACUGAGUGGCUUGCUAGUGAAAUCAAAUUGUUUUUUUUAAUUAUUAUUUCUAUUUUUGUCCAAAUGGCUUAAAAACACAUAGAAAAGGAAGAAGAGGAUGUAUGAAGUAUACAUACAUUAAAAAAAAAAAAAAUGAAAGAAAUUUAGAAAACAGGAAAUAGCUAGUUAGCCCCAUAGUCUUUAAAAGUACUUGUAAAAUGCAAUUUACACUGAAACAAAUUACAGUAGCUUUGUUCCAAAACCUAGUGUGACUUUUAAUGUAUCAUAGGCACGCUCUGAUGAAGGGUUGCCAACUGUUCUACAUUAGCUGGGACAUUUUUGGCCAAAAUGAAGACUUGUCCUGUAUUAUAGUGGCAAAGCUGUCAAGGUCAGAUGGCAAAAUGUUGAGGGGGACCCCUAUCCCAUAUUGAAGCACUCAAAAUGCUCAAGCGUCCCGUAUUCCUGUGACGAAAAGUUGGCAACCCUACUCUGAUGUGAAUGGUGUUUUAAAAGGUAAGUAAAAAAUUAUGCUGCCUUCUAACAUACUUAACUAACAAACUAACUUUUAAGGCAGUAUCACAUACAUCCCAGAGAGAUAGAGAGCAAUGCCAUCAUGCAUUCCUUACAAAAAAACUAGAGUUCUGGCAAACUAGCUGCAGACUUGCCACAAUUUUGCCACUCAUCAUUUUCACAUGCAAAUGAGCUUGUGACUCACCGCAAAUGUUUGCCAGAAGUUUGCAGCUCUUCACCGGUAGUGGUAAACCUGCAGCAUACUUUUGGCAAUAAUGGACAAUUUGCCACAAGUUUGCUGCAAAGUUUAUUUGCAUGUGAAAAUAAUCAGUCGCGAAUCUGCGACAAGUUUCGGCAAAUUUGCAAUGUACUCUAAUGUACACUUUUGCAAGGGUUGUGCCGAGCUCAGUGAAAAAUAUUAAUUCAAGACGGUGAGACAACUGUAAUAAUAUUUCAUUCAGUACUGAAAGUAUCUAUACAAAUAGUUAAGUCUUGUAAAAAUUUACUAUUUUAUCCAAUAUUUGUGAGUGCUAAGUAUUUUUAUGCUUCUUAGCGUUAGCUAAGGAACAUGAUAACAUUAAACUUAAUUGGAAUCAGAUGUUAGCUGAAUCUACUGUGCAGAGCACUAUUUGUGUUCUACACUACAUGGUGCCCCUAUGCAUUGCAUACAUUGCAUAUAUGGUUAUUGUGCUCAAAGUUCAGUUUAGUUGACCAAAACUUGACUAUUUUACCAUUUUUAAAAGGCAGCUGCCUUUGUAGGCAUAAGACAGCAAGAAAGCUGACUAGGUUUUGGAACAGACCUAUUGAGUCUAGAUUUUGAAGGUUUUAAAAUAAAUUAGUUUGAGAUCCAUGCAAAUUUAUUUCAUAGUAACAUUCACAGUAAGCAGUAUAACAGAUGUGAAUGAUUGUACAUUUUAAUGCUGGUUGUUGUACUUGAACAAAACCUAUGGAAUAAAGGCCGGAAAGGUCAUUCAGUUAAAUUAAUUUGUUUUUAUGGUUACAACAAUGUUGCAUAUGGACCAUUCCUAAGAAUGACAGUAUUUAUUUUAGUGCUCUGUUUUCAAGAGAAGUAUAAAGCCUCAUGUUUUGUCAGUGAAUUAAAUGCUUCAAGUGUAAAAUGGCAUGAAUGCUUAAAGACAAGCACACUACUAAAACAUGCACUCAGACUUUUAAAGAUUAUAUACUGAGUUCAGUAAACACUGCACAUUGUGGUAAGGACAUAUGACAACCCAUGUGAAUAGCCUUUGCUUACAUCGUAAGUGCUCUGAAUGUGAAAAACAAGACCCUUCAAAGUCUGCAGGCCGUAGAAGAUGCUUUAAGGCCUGAAGGUGCCUGGCAACCCACCAUCUGGAUAUGUUUGGAAAUGAGCUUCAAAGAGCAUCCUGCGCAAUCUAUUUCUGGUUGGAUGGUGUUAAUAUAUUGGACAUGAUGUCGCAUUGGGGCUUCAUGUUAGUGUUUGGUAUAUGAAUCUAUUCCUGCUGCCAGUCUUGGGGAAAUCACUUAGGAAUGGUCACCAUGAUGAAUUGAUCAAGUGUUUUAAGCUGUAUAAUAUUGUCGAGCAUAUUUUGGUUAGUUUUACUGUCAUUGAAUGCAGUGACAUAAUGAGUCUGACAAUAAUACUAUUUAAAAAAGAACAACAUUGAAUGAAGGAAAAAAUGCAAUGUGGUAAAUUGCACUUGAACUGAAUCAUAAGGCUUUUAUUUAUUUUAUUUCUAAAGUUUUGGACUCAUUUUGAUUAUUUUUUAUUAUUAUUAUUAUUAUUAUUUUCUCAACACUGUGUUUCUAAAUGCUUCUCUUGGAAACUGUAAAUAAGAUGAGAAGAAAUGGGCUGUAAAUAAAAUGCAAAUGUAGAUACCUUUUAGAACUACAGCAGUGAAUCUGUGUAGUCUUUAGUUAAAGAGAAAAAAAUAAAGAUUAUUUUGUGUUU